AGCGGGGACUCGCAUGUUGAGAUAUCUUAAAGACAAUAAAAAAUCAUUGGAGGCCUGAAGCGGACUCUGCUGAAAUUCUCAUUCCUAUGCGCUCUUAUACAACUUCCCGGAAAAAAAAAGACCAUUGGUUAGGGCGAAUCGCUCCUGUUUAAUUUGCAAAAGGCAUUAGUUCCAAGGAACAACAGACAACUAGGAAUGCGCUCUCACUGGUUGACUUUGUGUGUGCUGGCGCUAUUAAUAGGUCUUGCUGCAUUUGCCCGCUCUGACGUGUCGUUUCCUGUGGUGGUUUUCUCGGCACUACUCUCUACGACAGCUCCGAUCUGCGGAAAGCCAUCUGCAAGAUGUAAGAGGCCAGAAGAGAAAGGAAGGCGACGCCACGAGGACAACCUUCGCGAUGUAUUCAGCUACCACGGCAACUAUGAUGAUAACAGGCAUUCAAUAUUUCUCCGCAAGCGGCAGCCAGCGAGCCUUCCGAUUUUCUGUGCUCACAUCUUCCGUGAAAGCAUGGCCUACCAAAGUUUUACCGGAGCCCCAGCUCUACCACUAGGUUUCUUCAGCUCUCGAAUCGCUUCUAUGGCAACAACUGUAUAGCCAAGAGUCAGUGCUGCGUCCCAUUUAUGUGCAUUCAGAGCAAGUGUAGACGUACAUGGCGACGGUAGGAGACGACAUUAGCCAUAUCAAACCAGCACCAUGCAAUAACUUAUAUUACAUGGCAAUGCACCGCAGCUUCGAAUGUCUCAAGAUUACGUCCACAUAAAUGAAGAAUUGUCUGCCCGAUGAACGCAGAAGGCCUGCAAUUAUUAAAAUGCAAUAAAAUAUGCUACGAGUU